AUGCUCGACACUUACUCGGGUACUGGUGGGGUGUCGCGAGAGGUCCCCAUGGCUGGCUCCCUGCCAGUACUCUCCAUUCGCUCUGGGAUUGUCCCUGUUGGGCAGACACUCGGUCUCGCAAGGAAACGUCACAGUGAGCCUUUCAACGGCUCCAUCGGUGACUUGACGCAAGGGCGCCUGAUCAUGAUUGCAUUGGCACCUGGCGCGACGCCCACUCUUCCCCGAGACAAUACAAGGAGAUGGCCUGCUCCCCUACAACAGCAUCGGAAAGGCGCCCCAGCUGAUGAUCUGGUGUCACUCUGGGACGAGGUUCGUGACAUUGAUAUCGCACGGUACUUUAGUCUUGCUGGAGCACUCCACCACUCAAAGCAACUCGCAGAGAUUGUCACCACGAUAGUGGAGUACUUCUACCACCUCGAUGGCGGCACAGAAUCUGAUUGUGGGAGUUGGCAAGCCUGCAAGGAUUCACCCUGUCAUACCGAUUCCUCAGAGGCACCGCCUCGAUUCAUAAGGAAUCUUGCGAUUGACUUGGCGUAG